CCAAGACAGUCAAAAGGAAAAUGGAGAGGAAAAAGUUCCACCCUCACUAAUGCAAAGACUGCUUUCGCUAGAGCAUGGGGUUGGUGCAGCAGCCUCUGACACUGGAUGGAAUCUAUAUGGGACUAUUCUCCUGGUGGAUUUGUGUUUUCAUCUAGGGCUACAAAGUGAUGUAUUGGAAAAGCGAACAAAUGUUGGCUUGCUCCAAGGUGGAUGACAUUGAAAAUGGGUUCAACUCGGCUUUCGACAGCACGGUAAGCCUAUAUCCAUAUUCAAAGUUUUAAGAAAUUAUCGGAGCAUUCAUUUAGCUAAUUUUUCGAUUUGAUAUGUUGCUAUUAGGCCUACCAUUGUUGUUUAAAUAGCCUAACAUUUUACCGAAUGUAGGCUACUCCAAACCGACGGGCGACUGUUCCAAGUUACUGAAAAUGUUAAUAAGUUUAGAUCUGAGGUGCCCACCCAUUCGUUUUCUAUGCACUAAUCAGUGCAUUACCUGAGGGAGUUUGCGUUACAGGCUAAUCAAAAUACAUGGCUGCGUGCGCGUUGAUUUGGAGAAGGCUGCCAUGGCGAUAAUUGCCAAACAAAUCUGUCUUUGAUUUGGCCAUUACGCUUUUUUGUUCAGUCAUCUUCGUCCUAAAUGUGAUCAUUUUACAAGAAUUGCCCUUCUGCAGAGAACUAAUUUGACUGACAACAGAAAUGGAUAGGCGUUGAGAACCAUUAACGUUUUUUUGUUGCGAAAAGUGGUUGAACAUUUCAAGAGUUUUGGUUCAUGUAUAAAAAAGAAUAAAAUGUGUUUAAAGUGUUCUUCAAGAUGGCAUCUUAGGCCUAUUUUUCGUCGUGGUUGUCAUAGCGAGCAGAAGUGGAGUAAAAGGCCAUCUCCAAUAUAUAUUUUGCACCAACUUAUUUUGACUAGUCACUAUGCCUAAGUAGGGAUGUGGAGGGGCAUCUUCCGAUGCUCUGAGCAUAGGCGGACAAGUAGCCUAAGGAGGAGGAAUCGGUAGCCAAUUGUUUAUAGUAGGCCUAUGCGUAAAACCUUACCAGUGGAAAUUAGGCCUAUACCAAAACCUCGCCCGUGCCUUCAUUUUAAAUUUGUCAUUAAGCAUACUCUUAUCCAGAGCGACUUAGUUAGUGCAUUCAUCUUAAAAUAGCUAGGUGGGACAACCACGUCAGUCAUAGUACUUACGUUUGUCCUCAAGUAGCUACCAGGAAAGUCAGAGAUAGUAAGGGGGAAAACCGACAUAGAUUGGCCUGGCCAAAUGUAGUCCUAUGAAAUUGUCCGUUAUUUACGCAUAGAAAAAUGUUGCGUUAUAUCAGUAUCAUGACACUUAUUUUGCUUUUUAUUUAUAUAUAUUAUAUCUAGGGCACCUCGGAUUACAUUUUUGAAGACGAGUCAUAUUCACCAUCUUCGUCUUUGUCUUCCUCGACACCGCAGACGAUGGCAUCAGCCUCUCUGGGGAAAAGCCUUUGUACAAGUUGUGGUUUGGAGAUAGUCGACAAAUACCUACUCAAGGUAAGUUGCCGAGCCUAUGACCGGCUUAGAUAUUCAACCAAGGCCUAAAAUGCGUAUGUAAUUUUGUUUCCCCCAACGUCCAUAAACUCAUAGGCCUAGGACCCCUAAAGUGUACACAUUUUUAACUGUGACAGGAAAAAGUUUGCUGUAGGCCUAUUUGGUAAAUAAAACCACAUUUCAGUGAAGCAAAAUUGUUGACACACUAAACAUUUACCAUUAAUUUUUUUAUUUUAUUUAACCGUUAUUUAACUAGGCAAGUCAGUUAAGAACACAUUCUUAUUUACCAUGACCGCCUACCAAAAGGCAAAAGGCCUCCUGCGGGGACGGGGGCUGGGAUUACAAAAAUUAAUAUAUAUAAAUAUUGGACAAAACACACAUCACAACACUACAUAAAGAGAGACCUAAGACAACAUCAUACUUGCCUAAUUUUCGUGGAUAAAGCUGUAGACGAAGCUACUCCUUUCGGUCGAAUACAUCUGAUUGACUAUGCUGUGGCUACAUUUCAGGUGAACAACUUGUGCUGGCACGUGAACUGCCUGUCGUGCAACGUGUGCCAAACUCCUCUAGGAAGACAUGUCAGUUGCUACAUCAAAGAGGAGGUGGUUUUCUGCAAACUCGACUACUUCAGGUAGGUGAAAAAGGUGUCUUCUUCCAUACAGGAGGGUUCUAGCGCGAUUAGCCAAGUAAAACUCAACUCCACGAUGUACUUCACAUCAACUGAGAGGAGUUGAGUUUAGGCUACAUCUGAAGUUGCAACUUUGACAUGACAGAUUCAAUUGUUAUCUAAUGAAGUUAAUGAGACUUUUACAAGGCGAGAUAAGUGGCUCUUAACCUUAUUGUUUGACCUUCUUACCUUGGGCCCUCUAGUAUUUAUAGCCACACCAUUGUCACACUUCUAUAUGGCCUUCAAUUUACAUUUAAUGCAUUUUUAUUGGGACAAUCUUGUAUUUCUAGAUUCAUGAUCAAAUAAUUGUAUGUUGAUAUAAAAAUGUUUAAAAUAGUUAACAUAUCAUUUUCUAAAAUGGCUACCCUGCCUUUAGUGGUUUUGGUCUGUAGUUAAUCUGUAGUUUGUAUUAUGUAUGUAUUUAUUAGAAAGUGUGUACUGUAGGCUACUGUACAAACACCCCCACGGCAUGUUAAAAAGUACCAUCCAACUUUCCCACAGGAAGUAUGGAACUCGCUGUGCCAACUGUGGCAGGAACAUGCACUCCAAAGACUGGGUGAGGAGAGCGAAGGGCAACACCUACCACCUGGCCUGCUUCGCCUGCUUCUCCUGCAAGCGCCAGCUCUCCACGGGGGAGGAGUUUGCCCUGGUGGAGGAGAGGGUGCUAUGUCGUGUCCACUACGACUGCAUGCUUGACAACCUGAAACGGGCCAUGGAAAGUGGUAAGCAACAUUACAGGUGUGUAGAAAGAAGAAUAAGGCCUGCAUUUUGAAAAAUUAGUUUAUUGUACACUAGCCUUUUUUCUACACACUUAUGAUUUGAUGUAGCAAUUUAAUUUUGGCUCAUUCUUUUGAAACAUUAAUUGAUAACUAUGAGAUUCUAGAUUUUCCCUUAUCAAUUAGCCUUCCUCAUUCUCCUAUGCAAUGUGAUGACCUAUGUGGUUACAUGUCCUUACAUGAAAAGGUGUUAAUGUAGAGGGAGCCCUGCCAUCAGAGCAGGAAGGGUCCCAGCCCAAACCAGCUAAGAGGGCUCGCACUAGCUUCACCGCAGACCAGCUACAGGUGAACAUUUAUUACUUUCCUGUCACUCCAGAAACGACUGUCCUGCAUGUUUGCAAAUGAAAGUGCCAAAACAAUACUAGGAACAGUAUUAAUGAUUGUGUGUGCGCGCAUCUUACAUUCUCUGUAUCUUGUCUGUCAGGUGAUGCAGGCCCAGUUUGCUCAGGACAACAACCCAGACGCUCAGACCCUCCAGAAGCUGGCAGAGAGGACUGGCCUCAGUCGCAGAGUCAUUCAGGUGAGCGCUCUAACAUUAGUCUAGUCAAACAAUUCUAGGUGUCCCUGAAGUUAAAGGAAGCUUAACCCAUCCCUAUUCAAUAUCCAGGUUUGGUUCCAGAACUGUCGAGCUCGUCAUAAGAAGCAUGUGAGCCCCAACCACCACGUGCCAUCUGCAGCGAUGUCGUCACUACAGCAGUCCAGGCUUUCUCCGCCUCUCAUGGACGAUCUACACUACACAUCCUACAUAACAGACACACCCAUGCUUACAACACUACACACUUACAUGGAUGGUGAGCAAAACCGGCACCAGUACAUCACAGGUUCAUAUUUUGUUAUGGCCUGUGGGUUAAGCUUUCUUUGUAACAUCUUAUUAGUUUUGCUUUAGAAUUCAGUGCAAAGAUCUGAAAUCACAAUAUUACUAUAACCCAAUGGGUUUUGGACUAACACUAUUAUGUUUGUGUUCUUCACAGUGCACUCUCCCUCCUCACUGGUGUUCCAGCCUCUUUUAUCCCAUUCCAUGACACAGCUGCCAAUCAGCCAUGCCUGAUCUUCACAUCCCGUCUCCUGCAGAAGCGGCCCUUACCAUUGGUCAGAAUGCUGAGGAGCCAAUGCGAUACUCCUGUCCAUCAAAGGGUGGGGUGCAACAUUAUUUGCUAUGGGGGUUUAUCGAAGGAGAUACAAUUAUCCACAUUUUUUUCAAUGUAAAAUAAGGUUUAUAUGUAAACUUUUUGUUAAUGUAUUGUAGCCUAUAUUGGUUGGCAUUUAAUUUAUUUGAUGUAUAUGUGACUGAGCACUUUGUUUAAAAAAAUUAAAUACUAAUGAUUAAAUGGAUUACUUAGUUUCUGGGGUGUGUGUGGUGUGUACACUGAUCAAAAAUAUAAAUGGAAUAUGCAACAAUUUCAA